AUGGACGCACUGAAAGCGUGUCAGACCGUGAGCAGCAGCUUGGUGGACGUCGGAUCGGACGGCGAGCAAAACUUCGUUCACAGCUUGGCGGUAGGCAAUGAAUUCUGGAUCAGUGGUUCUGACUCCUCUACAGAGGGACAGUGGCUCUGGUACGGCAGUCUUCAGUCUUGGGGAUACACUAAAUGGAACUCAGGCGAACCUAAUAAUGCCGGAGGAGAAGAUUGUGCCAGUUUGUUAAGUAGCGGGAGAUGGAACGAUUACCCGUGCAGUCGCAGCAUGGCCUACAUCUGUGAACAAACUACUGCGCUGUCUGCCUGCGAUUCAACCUGGAGUUUCAGGAACGGUAAAUGUUAUAAGCGGUUCACGUCAAAGGUCACGUGGUCCAAUGCUUUGAAAACCUGUCAGGCCAACUCAGCUAACCUGGUGAACAUCGAGGACUCCUCAGAAAAUUCAUACGUCCAUGGUUUAAUGGGCGGUGAUGAUAUAUGGAUGGGUGGAUUUGACGGACCACAUGAGGGCUCGUGGGCGUGGUCAGGCGGUGUCUUCUCGUGGAGUUAUACCAACUGGGAUUCAAGCGAACCCAAUAAUUCUGGGGACGAAGACUGUGCAUUGAUGUACGCAAGCAGUGGUAGAUGGAAUGACGGCAAAUGUAGUGCAGCGUUACAGUUUAUAUGUAAAAAGAAUACACCUCCAAUUGAUGGCGGAUGGGCAUCUUAUGGAUCAUACGGUUCAUGUUCUAGAAGCUGUGGAGGAGGGACACAAACAAGGUCAAGGGCGUGUACAAACCCUUCCCCUCAGUGGGGAGGUGACCAGUGCCCGGGAUCUUCCACCCAAUCACAGUCUUGCAAUACACACAGUUGUCCAAUUGACGGUGGAUGGGCCAGCUGGGGAAGUUAUGGUUCAUGCACUCUAACAUGUGGCGGAGGAACACAGCAGAGAUCGCGCACCUGCACAAACCCCUCUCCUCAAUAUAACGGCGCUUCUUGUCCCGGAAGUGACGUAUCGUCACGAUCCUGUAAUACCCAUAACUGUCCGAUUGACGGGGGCUGGACCUCAUGGGGUUCGUGGGCCUCGUGUUCAGUGACCUGUGGUGGAGGAGUACAGUCCAAAACGCGCACCUGUUCUAAUCCAACACCACAGUAUGGAGGAAGUUACUGUCCAGACUUCUCAUCAGCAACCCAGACAUGCAACACGCACAACUGUCCAAUUGAUGGCGCCUGGGCCUCCUGGGGUUCCUGGGGCACUUGUACCGUGACCUGUGGAGGUGGAACACAACAAAGGUCACGCACGUGCACAAACCCCGCUCCUCAGUAUAAUGGCGCUAAUUGUCCGGCAAGUUCAGUGUCAUCACAGAGUUGUAAUACCCAACAUUGCCCAAUUGACGGAGUGUGGUCCUCUUGGGGUUCGUAUGGUACAUGCUCUGUCACGUGCGGCGGCGGAACUCAGUCCAGAUCUCGAUCUUGCACCAAUCCUUCUCCUCAAUAUGGCGGUGCUACUUGUCCUGGGUCCGACGCAAGUUCACAAGCCUGCAACACUCAAGUCUGCAUCAUUGACGGGGCGUGGGGAACAUGGGGUUCAUGGGGCGCGUGUUCCAAAAGCUGUGGUAGCGGGAAAAAGUCUCGGACACGAAUUUGCAACAAUCCCCAACCGGCAAAUGGUGGGUUAGACUGUCCAGGGGGUUCAGCAGAUUUUGACGAUUGUAAUACAGACACUUGUCCAACCGUGGCCUUCGGACAGUAUCAGCAGUUAUGUCCUUCCGGGUUCUUUACCUGCCAAUCAGGUGGUAUCACUUGCAUACAGAAUGCAUUCCAGUGCGACUGCGCAUCAGACUGUGACGAUGGAAGUGACGAAUCAGCGACAUAUGCAGGUUGCACUCAAACAGAAGAGUGCGCAAACGGAGGCACAGGUCGUGUUGAUUUCUCUGUGCUGGUCUUACUUGGUGCCCUGUUGUGCAGCAUCCUCGCAACAUUGAGUCUGAAAUAGAUGACACCAAGCAACUUUUCUGAUAACCACAAAUCAUCAAAAUGUUCAUAGGGGUCAAAGAUUAGCGGACUCCGCCUAUUGAAACCAUAAACAAAUAUCUGAAUUUCAUUGUUUAAUUCUGAACAGGUCGUGAAUUAUGUUUAUUUAUGUUAUGUAUUCACAUUAAGCUUGAUAUAUUAAAGAGAUAGAUAUUACA